AGAGAUUAAGCUUGAAUCUUGAUGGUAAGAAACCGGAAACGCUGUGGUUUCACUCCUUCCCUCCCUGAUUCGCUUCUUCGUGGUUCUGUUAUCUCACGGCGGUUUCAGUCACUCGGAUCUACGCCGAAAUACCGCAACGUGCAGGUCGCCUUCCUAAGCUAGCAGCGUAUACACAGUGUGCGGUUUUGAAGACGAUGACGAUGACCCAGAACUUGAAGUUCCUCGUCUUAUGAGUUUCAGUUGAAGUAUGAUGAGACAAUGCAGUCAUCGUGCAUAUGUAAUAAACACCUUUUUGACCUUCGUCUGGAUGCUUUGUCAUGACUUUGAUAUGGAAAACAGCGGAAAGCCGAAGAGAUGUUUUGAAGAGGCAUGGUCACAGUAUGAUUUUACAGUCUUCUGUAAGGCGCACCGGUGGCCAUGUGCGGCUGGGCAGCAUCACCGUGCCCGGUGGAGGAAAACACCUCAUAGCACCUCGCGUCCACCAUCAGCGCCGAGACGCCGAUCCAGAGCGCCUGCCCACUCCCGCUACAGUUGCAGACGGGGGAGGUUCUGGUGGCACAGAAAUUGCAGAACCAAGUAUCGAGGUCCCUGGUGGCGUUGGCCAGCAGUGAGCAUCUCGGUUACAUAUUCUCAGAUCCAUGACUUGGUUAAUGUGGACUCAGAUGACACCCAGUGGAGUGACACAGCCCUGUGUCAUGCCAUACAGCACAGACAUCUUGUAGAAAUCGACCAGCUCUGUUACAGUUCUGAUUCCACUUUGUACAACAAAAUGCCUGUCGGAUUUGAAAACUCAGCACUGAAGAUGAGCUUCUCCCUGUCCUCACUGCAGCCCUCUAGUGGUAGUCUAGAGAGCCCUGAGCAAGUGAGACUACGGGCAGAGAGGCCAUACAACAGUCUCACUAAGAAACCAAGGAAAGAUCCUGAGCAGGAAUCCUGGCGUCGGUCGUGGGGUAACCGUGAUGAGAACAAGGAUGAAUUUUGGGCUGCCCUCCAGUCAAAUUAUAACUAUCUUAUGGACAAUAACCUCAUUGAAAGCUGCAAGGAGGCAAGUGGUGAACUUUCUUGGGAUGAGGAAGAUGUAGCAGAAACUUCCUACACUUGGAGCUUCAAUGAAUUCCUUAACCAGUUCUCUGAACUCUAUUCUUGGCUCAAUAGCAUUCAAGAGGCUGUGUAUGGGAAGGAAGAGAAUGUCACUGAUAGGAGUCUCAGGGUUAGUCACAUGGAGGAGAUGCAGCGGAAGGCAUAUCGACGCAAACUGUUCAAUGACCAGGCAAACAAGCUGUUACGUCGGUAUCCAGACGUACGGGAUGAAGUUAUGUGGAGGAUGGCCCACCUCAACUCCAAAUGGGAUACACUGGAGCAAACGAUCACUCCCCGCAAGAGCAACCCAGACCAACUGGACCUGUGUACAGAUGUGGAACAUGAAGUGAGGUGCUUGAGAAAGUGGAUCCGGGAGAUGGAGGCACGUUUGCAGCCACUGGACUUCCGUGUUGGUGUUGGUUGGUGCUUGCAAGAACUGGAGGAGAAAGCCCGGGAACAUAUGGUGGUGCAGCGGGACGUCGAGUCGCAUGGGAAGAUCGUCUGUUCCGUUGUCAAACUGUGUGAGAAGAUAGCGAGGGCUGAUCCUUCGACACUCGGGAUCAGGGGGCACUACGAUACAGCGCAUGCGCACCGUGUGGCUCGCAAUUUGGAGCGACGCUGGCAUCAUCUGUACCUGCGUUCUUUGGAGUGGCAGUGCCAUCUAGAAGCACUUUCAAGCAAACUGAGAAGCAAUAGUCCGACAGGGGCGCAGGCUUCUGACAGCGACGAGGAGCCGGUGAGCAAAGUGCCAAGACUGAGUUGCGACAGCUACAGCGAUCGGCUCACGGAUGAAGGAUCGUAUUUCGAGGAUGAUUUGGAAGAUCUGUGUGUGAUGGACACAAGUCCACCAUCUGCAGAAUCAUCAGUUCCAACUCCCAGCACUACGGAGGAAGUGGAGGCUGCAGGAGAGUGCUGCUUUGAGGAAGUUGAUUCAUCUGUUAUCAUGGUUGGCCCUUCAAAUGACUUACAGAAACCUCGCCAUCACCAGAAGAAGCAUUCCACUGCCGGCACUCCAAGCAGUGAAAUGGUACUGCAGAGGAAAGAGACUACUAGAACUGGAGGAGGAACGUCUGAUGGUACUGAUAUCAAUGACAACCACUACAGUAGUCACAGGGAAGCAAUUAUGUGUAGAAGAAAGGCUGCAUCUGUCAUCCCUGGAACAGAUUCAUUAGGGGUGCGUCAUUCACAGGAAGACAUUUCCCGGUUCAAUACAUCCAAUCGCAAAGGUCCAAAUUGUGCCACCUUCUAUAUAAAGCAUCAUGAUAUGGACUCGGAUCAUGAUAUGAAUAGAGGGGAUAUGGGUGCUGCAGAACAAGGAAGACUUGCAGACACAAAAUCUCUUGAGGAUUCAUCUGAUGAUGAAUGGACCUAUAAGCAAGGCAAUGCAUCUCCUGCCAGAGUGAAUGGAACAAGUGAUGGAUCAGGGUCUUCUUCAGAAACAACAACUUCUGUCAGAAGACAUAGCACUAGUAAGAAAAGUUCAGUUGUUAUGAGACUGGACUUUGGAAUUAGACCAGAGAAUGCAGUGAACAGCGAUGACAUAUGUAGUGAUAUGAUUUUGAAUGGGAGGCAUGAAUCCAGCAACCAAGUUGAGGACGAGCAAAAGAAAUUGAAGGGUUCUCCAGGAAGACAAUAUGAAAGGAAUAGCUUGGAAGCUAUACACAGACUGGUCAGUCAGGCUGAAAAAAUGGUCCGGGAAGAUGCAUCUCCAGAGAAGAUGUCUGCCACUACAAAAGCAGCCAGAGAGUUUGAACCACUUGUGUUCAGCGAUGUUGGGAACAUGUCUGCAACUUCGCGAGCCAAAUAUGCUCGUAUCAAGCAGUGGCUCAAAUUACGUCUCCAGGAUCAAGCUGAUGCAAAGUCUGUGUUACAGCCUGCAGACAGCUGUGAUGCAAGUGGUGAGUACACAACAGGUGACUCUGAAGAGGAAAAGGAAUCGCAGUCCUCGGAGGAUCUCAAUAGCAGUGUGGCUACUUGUCGGCAACUGGAACUUUUUGUGGGUAGCUUUGGUAGUUCAGCUGAGGCAAUACCUGAUCCUGACACCACUCCUGUGGCAGAACGAAGCCUGCCACUCUCUCCUGAACACAGUGGUGGGAAGGUGGUGUUAAGAAAUAAACGCCGACAAGUCACUGGAGAGCGUCCAUGGAGUGUUUCUGGAAUUUCACAACUAGGAAGCACUACACCACAGACAGGAAGUGAGCCCCUUGCCCACUUCUCAAUCUCAGAGUCAGCAUUGAAUCAGAUGAUAACAACCAUGCCACCCACAGGCAAGAGUGGGUCUGCAAAUCUGUCGUCGUCAACAAUUGAUGGGUCUGUAUUACUUGCUGCAGAGGGCUGUGGUUCUCGGAAUGGCUCCCUCCGCAGGCGUAAAGUUAGACUUCGCAAGAGGACCCUUGGCCGGAAGAGUGAAUCUGGGUCAGAUGGCAUGACAGUUGGCCACUCUGGCGGCAGUGAUACGCAACAUCGGUCAUCUUCACAGAAGUUAACCCCCAAGUCUCCCAACAGUUCAAGUGCAGAGGGCAGCACUGGCAAUGCAUUUCGCUUUCCUGGAAAGUCAUACCACAGUUCAGGUACAGAAGGAAGUCCUCUUGAUGCAUCUCGGACACUGACAAAGUCUCGCAACAAUUCAAGUUCAGAAGCUAGUCCCAAAGGAAGUGUAACUCGGACUCUCUUCAAAUCAGGAUCUUUCUCUGGCACACCAGUGAGUGGGAGGAAGAUACCAGAGAGAUAUACUACUAGUGACCCAGCAAUGCUGGCAUACUCUCUCACAGGUGAUGUUACCAGUGGGACUGAAGCAGAGGAUGACCACCAGGUACCAAAGCAGCAAAUGGUGCCCAUGUUCAAACUUGGGCCAGUGGCAGGUGCUGUUACUGUUGGAGGGAAGAGAGAUGGUGACAGCGAUAUGGAGAAGAGCAGUUCUCUUGCAGUAGAGGAGCAGUUGAGCUCAUUUUCUGAGCAGGCAUGGGACAACUAUCAGGAGAAAUACAUGAGUGAGCCUUACAGUGAAGAGCCGGCUGACUCAGAAGCUGCUCGCCGGCUGCUUGAAUUUGGUGAUGACUACCGAAAUUACCUUGACAGCCAAUCAGAUGGUGCAUCAAGCCUCAGUGCAAACCAAAUUCCUUCACCUGUACGGAGACGAAGACCAGCAGGUGUACCUGGUGACAGUUCUUUACUGGACAGUGACUCAGACCUUGAAGAUAUUCGACAUGUGAUCAUUCAGUCACGCAAACAGCUUAUGUUCUCUGAAGAUGUAUUCAGGAAGCAGCUUGCGAGGACCUCACCUGGACAUUUCUUGGCUUCUGACUUUGCGGAGAUUGUGGCUACUUGUCAAGAGAACAUCCGGUGCCUUCGUGUAAUUCUAGAGAAUGUGGAAGAAGAAGGUGGACUGCUAUCAACACAGGAAUGCAAAGACAUACGGGGUUUAGUUCAGAGGUGGGACAUGCUGCAGACACGGGCGGAAGAUCUGCAGCGAGUUCGGACACUACAGCGCGAGAUGGCAGCACUGCGUGAUGAGCUCCUGGAUCUUGCAUCGAGAGUGUCAUCUUUGGAAUCCGAAGUUCAGGACCGGGAGCAGUUGGAGACGAGGAUUCAACAAGUGAAAAUAGAACUGGCCUCUCUUCGCGACCGUAAGACGCAGCUUCUACAAGUGAAUGUUGCCGUCCAUCGCUUUCUCACCGAUACCGGCCAUCCUGCAGCCGUCCUUAAGGACGACGUGGCUGAACUCUACCGGGUGUGGGAUGAAACGUUUCAAACCGUGUCGCAGCAGCUGGGGAGCCUGCAGAGGGUGUCGCAGGCUUGGCAACAGUUCGAGGUACACCUCUCCGAACUGCAGGGCGCCCUUAGAUCUGAUCAGAACACGUUACGGAUGUUGGACUCGGCGUUGCAAGGAGGCACGGUAUCUGCUGAUGUCGCCACAUCUGUCAGAGAUGUUGCCAAGGUCCUGUCGGAAAAGCAGGACAGCGACAAUGAUGACGUCUUGUGUCAGGGUCCCAUGAUUCUUGGACACGCAAGCACCACAACUCAGGUGUCCACGAGCACAUCCCCCCAGAGCACCGAGGGCUCCCUGUCUGACAGUGGGAUCUCCGAUUCGGGCUCGGAACAGGAACUCAGCGAGAGAGAGCGCCGCCUUGCAGCUCUCCGGCGCCUGGCACGUCACCUGGAGGCCGUGCUUGCGCCUGGCAGUGAAGCUCUAGUCAAUAUGGCCAAGCGCAUCGAACAGACGGAGAGUGAGCUGCGAGGUCUGCAGCGCGCAUGUCGAGAGCUCAUUGUGCGCACCGCUGUGUGCGUGGAGGCUCGCUCCGCUGUGCCGCUCACCAUCCCAGGGUCGAACUCCGUACCUCAUCGCCCGCUUACUGUGAACAGUCGCAAGAAGAAGCAUCAAGAUCGGUCAGAAGAUAGCCGACGCAUGGUCCUAGGUGUUUCUGGUGCAGGUGACCCAGAUGAUGAACCAGAACCAGGGAAGAGUCGACCUUGGUUGUGGCGUGUUAUGAGGGCUGCCCUACCUUUCCAGAUGGCCAUUGUGGCACUGUUCUGUGUUGCAUGUCUGCUGGAGCCCCACUGUUGUGAUGCCAUCAACAACUUGAACCUUUCAUUGACACCACAGCUCCGCUAUGUGCGGGGCCCUCCUCCAGUCUGAGCAGUAAACAUUGCCAGCUAUUUAGCAUCGAUGUCAGUAACAUCAUUCUGGCACUUGAAUGGUAAGAAAGGAGCCGUCAAAAGGAGACGAAUCUGAAUGCGUAGUCACAUACAAUGUAUUCAGCUAUUCCACUUUGGUGUCAUUCCCACAUAGGCAACAUCUGCUGAAUCAGUUCAGCUGAAUGUAAUGUAUGUGGUAGAGUUUAAUUUUUGGUGCUAUGUAAAAUUAACAUAACAUGUUGAUUUUUGUAAUGAAAUCGUACAUGGAUAUAGGCCAUCGUAAAACUGAUGGUCUCCUAAGCAUUAUGGUACAAAAAGCUCAGAUCAGAAGUUUAAUGUAGUACAAGUAAUUUAGAGAACUGUGGUCCGGACAGUUCUUAACGUUCUUCGUAAUCGUAGAUCCAUUUUAUGCUUUUGAAUUUUGACAUGAGGACCUUUUACUGCUUUGUAACAUUACAUACUAUAUACCCUAUAUUUUACAUGAAUGAGUAUUGUAAGAGAACUAAUAGUAUUUUUAAAUGUCUCCCAUGAUGGAAAACUUGCUGAUUUCGUGAUGAUGAAGUACAAAAUCUGUUUUAAACCUAUGAAAAUUUCUGUCUUCUGGAGUAUGACUACAUGUAAUUUUGUAGAAUG